GUGGGGCCACAAUAGAGGAAACCAUAUUUUAUAUGUGUUUAUAUAGGAAAAAUCUUUUAAAAUCUUCUCAAGAACCAUUGAGCCAGAAGAGUUCAGCUUUACAUGGAAGCUUCCUGACAUAAUGCAGAUUCAAGUUUGUUCAUAUCAUGGCCCCCGGGGGUCGGGUGGGGCCACACUAGGGGAAACCACAUUUUAUAUGUAUUUAUAUAGGAAAAAUCUUCUUCUCAAGAACCAUUGAGCCAGAAGAGUUCAAAUUUACAUCGAAGUUUCCUGACAUAGUUCCGAUUCAAGUUUGAAGCUUUAUGACAUAGUUCAAAUUCAAAUAUGUUGAAAUCAUGGCACCUGGGGUGUCAGGUUUUGCCACAAUAAGGGAAACCGUAUUUCAUAUGUGUAAAUAUAUGAUAACUCAGGUGAACGAUGUGGCCCAUGGGCCUCUUGUUGACAGUUGGACUGUUUCUUUCAAAAAUUGGUGCAGCACAGCACUCAAACAUUCAUCUAAAAAAGCAAACAUGUUUGAUGCAUUUUCCUUAAAAUGGAAAUUAAAAAUAGCAGUCGUGUUCUAUUUUCAUUUUAAAAAUUAGAAUAUCUUUGGUUGUACAUCUGUACACAGUACAGAAAACCUUCAUGAAAGGAUUGACAAUCAUUCAGGAAAAGAGCUGAGAUCUCACAAAAAAAGAAACCUAGAAAAAAAUGUUUACAUUCAGAAAACAAAACUUGUAUGGGGAAAUAUUUUCUAGUCGAGAUUUAGAGUUGUUUGCCAAUGGGAUUGCUGUACAUGUGGUGGAGCAGAAUGAGUUUAGUCGUAGUUAAGGGCCCGCUUCCUGGUCGUUCUCAUGACUCACAGGAAGUCAGUUUACAAUGACUUAAAUCCAGGCUUCGUCAUGUCAGAGGAUAUCGUUGAUGUGUUGUUUUGUUGUCCGAUUAAGUAUCUCGUCACCUUCCUAUUUCUAUCUGUUAAUUGAUCUUUUCAGCCAUGUCUGAGAAAAUCAAUGCAUCUUCCAUGGCUAGUACAUUGGAACCACCAGAGGCUCCGCUGAACACCACCAAGGCAUUUAAUAGUUCCUCGGUUUAUAGUACUGAGGGCACCACUACAGCACUGACCACCACCAUGACUUUGUAUCCCACCACCCCAGAAACCAGCACAGCUCCAAAUGUUGGCAUGGUGAUUGGUGCUGCUAUUGGAGGAACAUUGUGUGUAUUUUUAGUUCUAGCGGGAGUUCUCUAUGCAAGACGGAGGUAUCUGAAGAAGGCGAGCAAGCCUCUUCCCACACCACUCCCAAACCCCGAAGACAUUGACAAGAUUGCGAUGGAGGCCAAUAAGAAAAGCAAAAAGAAAAAGAGGUGGCGGAAACAAUAUGAGAAGGACCCUACAUCUACAGUUUCCAUCGAACCAGAGGCGCCUUCGUGUCCAGCAUUCAUGGCACCAGAUCCGCCAUCAAGUUCCUCUGUGGAUUACGAAAACGCUCCUUCAAAGAGAAAACAGUUUGAGAAGAAAUCGGAGUCUGCUCCUCCUCCUGUUCACAACACUAAGGAGCCGGGAUAUGUAAACGCGCUCGGAAAAGCUCGGUUAACGGAGGAUGAAUAUGUUGCUCCGAAAGAAAAUACGGCAAAAUUAUAUUCCACAGGAGAAGGAGCGGAGUAUUAUGUUUGUGACAACGGUAAUAAUUCGAAAACUUCUAAAUUGUUGAAACGCCCUCCUCGGAAUCCGCUCGAGGAUAGUGUGACUUCAACAUGCUCAGCUCUUGAUUAUGUUAACUUGCAUGCGAAUAGCAAAUUUCUGGAAUUUGUGCCGGAAUCGGUACCAGUGGAGGAGCCACAAGAUCUAUAUGAACCGGUGAAUUCAUAGUGUGUGCAUAUUAAUUUGGAGUAGGGUCCGAGUUUCCUUUUGUGAAACAAAAUGUGUAGUCUAAGAGAGAAGAUCUUACAAAAUGUAAACGCUUUUGUGGAUAUUCAGGCAUUUUAUCAAACAUAUAAAUUCCUAAGAGGAUUUAAAAAUGGCAAAUCUUAAAAACAUAAUUUGCAGUGUACUUAGUGGACAUUUUGGAGAAAGUGUGCGAUUGCAUUCUCAGGACCAUUAAGAAUCUAGAAACAUCCAUAAACUUGCAACUCAUGUGACAAUUAGAAAGCUGGGAUUCACAGACAUCAGUUACAUUGGACCAAAGUGGCAAUAUCGAAAUAUAUAAUUUUAUAGUAUGGUGUAAACUUAGGUAUAGAGUACUUGUGUUCUUGUGUAAAAUGCAUUUAAUUUAGGCAUAUUGUAUGUGAUGUGUUGCUGAGCUGACCUUCAAGUGGCUGAAAUUCAACAUUUCAUUAAUGUACAUCCUUAAUAGCUCAUUGGAGUACUAAAAAGGAAAAAAAUCCUAAACUUUUCUUCCUUCUCUCUUCAACAGCAUGAACUAAAAUUAUACCCAACCAGAUGUACACUUAUAUAUGAUAAAAGGAAGCGGGCUUUUGAGUUGUAGCUAAAAACUGUAAACUUGUUUUGACGACAUAUUUUUAUUCAGAAAAAUGCAGAUCUGAUUUUCAGUGUUUUUUAUUUUCAUAUAUCAUAUUGCAUUAAUUGAUAUUUUGUCACUUUGUUAAUGAGACUGAGAGUACAUUCAAAUUUUUUAUAUAUUUUUUAAAUUAACAGGAAUUCUUUUUAAAGCCAUGAAAGAAACCAUAAUAAAUUUAUAAAAGAAGAAAUAUUGUAUAAAUCCAGCUAAAUUUAGAAAAUAAAUUUUUUUUAUAAUGCUAAUCAUGACUUAAUUGUAAGAAUUCGUUUUGUUAAUGUGUUCAAAAGUAACCACCGCCUCCCCACAGUUGACCCACCAAUCACAGGGGUUAAGCCCGUUUUGACCCGAAACUCAUUGAGUUUUGGGUAUAAAUGGGCUGGUUACAUUGAGUUUCGGGUGAAAACGGGCUUAGCCCCUGUGCCACCAAUUAUCUCAGUCCAUAUAGGGUACCUGCAAUGAGGAAACAUCAAGUAUCUAUAUUUCGUAUAUUUUGUACUUUUAUAUGCAUUUUUAUCAUUCAUCUCAGCGAAACAACUGGAACUGAGUUGUAUUUUACAUCUGAUAGAAAAAAAGCUGAACUGGGGUCAACUGUGACUUAAUAUCAAAACGUAUAGCUCUACCAUGUGUGAAAAUUACUAUGUGCACAUAGCAACGCUAAUGAAAAUCAUAAAACUGUAAUGAUAAUCCAAUUCCAUUAUCUAGUGAAAGGCAGUAAUGUAUUCAUAAGAUAUCCUAAAUUCUGUUAAGCAUGCAUUAGUCGCCUGUAACUGUAAAAGGGUGUAGUGCCUUUUAAUGUUGUAUGUGUCUUUUAAUGUUUAAUCUUGUAUUAAGACAGCUGUAGGUGGAGAGGGGCGUAUUGACUUGUUAAGUGUAUUGUGAAAUGUUUUAUCGACAUUAUCUGAUCUAUUUGACCUUUGAUGUGCUGUACUUGAGCAAGAGAGCCAGCCUUAUGGGUUAUUUUGGAGUUUUUUGUUUGUUUUUUUGUUUUGUUUUGUUUUUUUUGGUUUUUUGGUUUGUUUGUUUUUUUACUUUUAAGUUUAAAAACACUGAUAUCAUAAACUUUUGGAGGAGGAGGAAAUAAGAAAUAAAAUGAAACAUUUUUUUAAAAGUCUGUAUAUUUUGCAAUUAUUUUCCAUUCUUUAUUCAUUGUUAAUUAUUUUUUGGAAAGCCUUAAAGAGUGCUGAAUUCCUCUGAUUCCAUAUUGAGAGUUUUAUACAGAUUCUGAAAUAUUUUAUUGAAAUAUUUUAUGUUUUACGUUGGAACAAAUACAUUUUUUUUUUAUUGAUAAAAAUUGCAGUUAUGCAUGGACAUAACUUACAUUUAAAUAUUUAAAAAAAAUUGGUACUUUUUUUUUGGAUAAAAUUGUUUGAGAGGACUGGUAUUGUGGACUUAAAAAUGCAGACUGAAAUUAAGUAGUCAACCUUCCAUUCAUAAAAAGAAUAACUUUUAGACAGGUUUUGGUUUUUGUAGUACAAUAUUUUCAUGAAGGCAGGUUGUUAGAUUUGAUAUACUUAUUGCUAUACGUUGUACACAGAUAAGAAAUAAUUGUUGAAUGGAAAUUAAUUUGAUUGAUUGGUGUCUUAAAUUAUACAUAAUAGACAACAUAAAAUCAACAACAUUGAGUUUGUUAGUUCACGGUCAACAUUUCAACUCAUACUAUGAACUGACAGAGCCGGCUGCAUGCAUGCAAUGAGUAUAUUAUUUUUUUUAAUUGUUUUUAAAUUACUUGUGAGUUAAAAAUUUUAAAGUUAAAUCCAUUAAAGUUGUCAUUUCACAAAA